GGGUGGGACCAUGGCGGGUCGGGCCCUGGCUCUGCGCUACGGUCCCCCAUGGCCCCCAGUCUCUGGGACCGAGGUGCCUGGCUCCUGGCCCAACGGGCAUCUCAGCAGUAGUGGUGUCGCCCACCGCCUUAUCCCGUCUGUGCCCUUUCCCCCGCCCACUGUGCAGUCCACGGUCGCGGAGCCCCUGCCGCCGGCCGCACAGCAGGAUUUGCACAUCUGGGAUUUUGACGAGGUCAUCAGCAGAUGGGAGACAACCUCUGGCUCGGCUUACGUGCCUAAGACCCACGGCGGGCCCUACGCACAGCCCAGGGCCCCAGAGCCUUCGGACCCCACGCGGACUGUGGGGAUCAAGGAUUUAGAAGAAAAGCUCAGACACAGCGGCUGGCGCCUCCCGCUGAUCACAAAGCACCAGUGCAGCGAGACCAGGGCGCAGUACACGGGCUGGCCCGACCCGGAUCAGCAGCGCCCCACCUUCUACGUCGGGCCCCAGCCCCUGGAGUUUGCGGAGCACCUUCGCGAAGGCCCUUCCCAGCUCAUUCUGUCCUUCCCGGAUCCUCCUCAGGCUUUAAUCGCCUGGACAAAGAACCCCGAGCUGGCCGGCCGGUCUUUCACGGUAUCUGACCAGGGCGUCUUGGACCGUCAUCAGCUCUAUCUGACCACCUCAGCCAAGGACUUCCGGGCCUACCCAAAGAUCCAACUGGGUCUUCCCUCUCCUGCCUCCCUCACCAAGAGGAAGGAGUUGUCUGGAUAUCCCCGCAAGGACUCGCGGACCUACUGGAGCUCUGAGAAGGCGCCUCAGGCCUGGGGCCAUGACCCACAGAGGCCACCCUGGCCGCGCCCCUCUCGGCCGCCAGCGAUGCGCGUGCCCCAUGUCCAUCCGGGGACGACAGCCGUGCCACACCACGGGGCGUUGUCUCUGGCUCAGGAGUCCUACAGACCCCCGCUGCACCCGCUCCUCCGACUCGACCGUUUCUGCCCGCUGGAGCUGCCCUGGAGCGGCCCCCACUUCAAGCCGAUGUCGGGGAUCUACAGCGUGCCGCAGGCCUAUGGCACUGAGAACUCCAGCUACGGCAGCAUGAAGCCGGCCCCUCCGUGAGCCGGCAGCGCCAGCGCCGCCCCGGGCACGCCCCCCGGGCGCGGGCCGAGCCGAGAGCACGGCCUCAGGGGGCACACGGGGCGGGGGGCUGCUGCUGUGGCUGCUGCUGAACGUGGGUGGGGUGUGGGCAUCCAGGGGGCCACUACGGCCGCUGUGCCGGCCCAUCAACGCCACCCUGGCUGCCGAGAACGAGGCCUGCCCGGUCUGUAUCACCUUCA